AUUGAAAGUAUCGAGCUGGUCAGUGGUAUAGCACAGAUGGUGGAGCAGUGAAUGCUGUUGUGUCCUGCUGCGUGCUAGUGUAAGUCUACGAGGCGCCAAAGCUUUUGUAACACAACGUAAGACGACAAGUAAAAUCGCUUGAUUCGUGUCAUUUGUGAGCGUUCCGGACUUGGGCUGUCUGUUAACACGAAACGUCGUGAAACAUACCAGCAGGGUCGCCUUCAUGAGGUGGUUAGUUGGAUGUCUCCUCAGUCGGUCGUUCUUUAUUUGGCUAGCUGCUUAACCAGUCUGAGCGGCGCCUCUAAGGCUUCGCAGAUUGCUCACGUACGGAAGUUAAGAAUUUAAUUCGCGACAAGUAUUAUGCAGUGCUGAAGUGAGCGAAGGGAGAAAUCUGUGAAGCCUCACGUUGCAUCAUUCAAUAAAAAAUGGCCACAGGAGGAACAGGCGAUGGAGUUGAUGAAUUGCGGAAAACACAGGAACAGGUUAACGAUGUCGUCGGAAUAAUGCGAAAUAACCUCGAAAAGGUAAUGGAGCGCGAUGCGAAAUUCUCCGAUUUGGACGAACGGGCCACACAACUUCAAGAAGGAGCUAUGGUUUUCGAAAAGCAGGCAACUUCUCUCAAGCGGAAGCAGUGGUGGCGGAAUUUGAAAAUGCAGAUCAUCCUUGGUGUUGUAAUAGCCGUCAUCAUUCUUAUAAUUAUCUUAUCUACGUUUCGUAGUAGCUGAACUGGAGCAGGGAAGUUGUUAAAACGAAAUACACAAGCGUUAUAGAAGUUAGCUUGCUGUGGUGGUAUCUUAGCAAUCAAUAGCGUACAAUGUACUACUGUUAGUAAAUUUUUUCCACCGGAUAUUGGCUAAUUGACAUAAUUCAAUAUUGCUAAAACGAACGUAUAGUCUAAAUACUGUGGAAUAAACAAGGAACCUGCUAUUUAUAGAUUUUGUUAAGCAUCGCUAACUGUGCCCAGGUCAGAUGGCAAAUUCACAUGCUGAACGCAGACUCGAGAGGACGCAUCAUUUUUCCGGACCUGAAAAUAGUUAUUAACUAUGUUUUUACAUAAUAGAAUUUUACAAAACUCUAUUUUCAAGGAAAUGUAAUUCGUUCCAGCAGUAACGGCCGUGUAACUUAAAUGAUCCAGAAACACAACCUAAUAACACAACCUAAUAAGUCAACCAAAAGGACAGCUAUCGCUAGAAGAAAAUCUAUAGGCCGGCGUGUAUUGAAAGUCACAGUAGCAGCUGACCAAAUGCUCCUACACUAAUAAUUAGCAAACAUUAAGCAGUUAGAUUAGUUAAAAUCUGUCGGGUUUGUGAUAAACAUUAAUAGGUUUACAUGUAAGUUUUUAAGUCGAUAGCCGUAAGGAUACAGCAAUAUUUAUUGAGGUCGAGUUCUCCGGUCAUCCAGAAUGUGACACGAAAUAACAACGGAAAUUGAUGAGAUAUUGCAUGCAUUGGCUUAUUAUGUUUUGCUUACUUCAUAUUCACGCUAUCCGAAGACGCUUAGUAUGAUAUGUGCAUAAAUGUAACCCUUUUGUGGAGAAGUACAUAUUUUGAAUGCACAUGUUAUGAAGCCUCGCUAUCAAAGACAACAGUACUCAGUAUGACACCAUAUGUACAUAAUUCCAUUGGGAAUAAUGAUCUAUUACUAUCACUACUAUUUGAAGUUCAGCAUCUGGCGCCGCUGUACCUGCAUUCCAUCAGACGAAGCACCGCUACAUGAUAAGAACAUGUACAACAAAGUGUGCGUCAUUUGUACAUACGCUACUGUUACAACUAACAGAUAAGAAAGAUUUGAGUAAAGUACCCUUUGAAAAUAUCUACUAUUAUUUACAUAUGGUUUAACACAGAGCUGUUCAACGAAAAUAAAUGAUCAAUUAUUAACAAAUAAAAACAGAUGCUAUUCCACUACGUUAGCGAUGGAGAGCGCCUAGGAUUCUGCACGUGCGGAAACUAGAACCUGAGAAUCGCGUACACAAGUACACAGAAAAUAUGCCAAUAUUAUCUUUGAAACAUACUACUUACCAAGGGUUGAGCAAUGGAAAAGAUUUCAGAUAUAUCAUACAAUGUUUUUUUGCACGGAAUUUGAUGUUACGGCUAACGUACGGAUAAAGUGACUUCAAUAGAUGUAUAAACAGCUUUCCGCUAGCUUUGUUGUUCCCUUUGUUUAUGCAAAGAAAAGCAAUAACACCAGUUACACGACGGAUAGUGCAGAAAUUUUCUAUUGUGAAACAAAUCAGAACAGAUCAGUUUCAGCUUUUUACCGGU